CUUAGUCCCUAGCUGGCCCGGGUCGAUCAAUAGCUCCCACGCAUCCCACGCAUGCGUCGUGCUCACGGGACCCAAACCAGGAGAGACCAGGCUACACAACACCGCCGAUUUACACCUCAAAUAAACCAACUAUCCAUACUUUCCUCGAGAAAAUGAGUCCAGAUCCUGAAACUGAAGCGUCCGAGGACAUGCUAGAAUCAAUAGACGAACUGAAAGAACGGCUGUCCUCCAUGAAGCGGCUGAUGGAGGAGCGCAAGGCCGCCGGCACAGGCACCAAGGACCUGUUCCAAGGCCACGCGGCCAGCCUGCAGGGCACCAACAUGAUCGACGGCAACUUCCUGAGCUUCGUGUUCGGAGGCUCGCUGGUUGUCAUCCUCAGUGUAUCCGUGUACGCCUUCUACAACUUGUAUCAUGCUGUUCUUAAGAAGUUCCCCUCUACUCAUACGGAGUUGUAAUGGACUGUGUGCGAUAUAGAUAAGGGUGGUUUUUAAUGCGCGAGUGAGGUAUUAUAAUGUAAGGUCUUCUUGAAUAAAUCUCUUUUUUAUUU